GGAAUCCUUCGGAAUUCCUAAUCCUUGGUCUGGAGGCUGUCUUGGGGUUCUCUUGGGGCGGCCUCGGGGACAGAGCGUCAGACCCGUCAGAGGGAGGGAGGCGGAGCCUGACCCGCUGGCUCUGGGUCGUCGCAGCGUGUGCUGCCACCCAUCGCCCCGCCGCUGCCGCCAUGCACGCCCUGAAGGGGCGCCCGGACGACGAGACCACCUUCAGGUACGCGGCGGUCGAUGCGUUCGACCGCGGCGCGUGCCGGGUGCAGAACUGGAUCGACGAGCCGGGCCCGUUCCCGCCCGAGCCGGGCCGCUACCACGUGUUCGUGAACUACGGUUGCGGCUGGUUGCCUGACAAUUGCUGCUGGUGCUGCGCCUGCGGGGGCUCCACGGGGCGGGCGGCGUCGGCGUGACUCACAGCGGCUGCCGGCGUGUGGGUCAGCGGGGCACGGCGGAGUACAAGGGCUUUCUCCUGCUUCCAGAUCGGGAGCGUCGAGGAGGGGGUGAGGACCAGUGGUGUCUGGAUCUCACGCCCAGGGCCACAAGAUCUCCCAGGCUGGGCCUCUUUUCUCCUCUCAGCUCGCCCCCUGGCCCCCGCCUCGUCCGCGCACACGCCUCGGACCGUGAUGUGCUGACCCCUCCCUUCCCGGCCCCCAUCUUCGGCGCCCCCAGGCCAGAGGCCGACACGACUGGAAUGUUGCGAUUCACCGGAAUGGCGGACGUGUACAAUGCGGGGCCCUGCACCGCCACUGGCCCCGGCGAGGCGAGCCGCGGCGUGGUGGGCGGGUACGGGACCGAGCAGCUCACCGUGCCCGUGCUCUUCGACGUGGCCUCCAGGACGGUGGUCUCCAACGACCCCGCCCAGAUGCUCCUCAUGCUCGACUUCUGGGCGGACAGGCUUCGGGGGCCAGGGGGCGUCGACGUUCUGGGCGGGCGGUCUCUCUAUCCGGAGGCGCUCCGCGAUGAGAUCGAGAUGGUGAACGCGACGGUGUACCCGGGCGUCAACAACGGAGUGUAUUGCUGCUGGUUCACAAAGGACGAGCACUCCCCCGCGUUCCAGGAGGGCUUCGGCCUCGUACAGCGCGCGUUGACGUGGCUGAACGCGCGGCUGGCAGAGAAGACGUAUCUGUGCGGCGACCACGUCUCGCUCGCAGACGUUCGCGCAUUUCCGCACCUGUACCGCUUCGACUGUAUUUACUACCAGCUCAUGCUGCGGGAGAAAGGGCUCCGGAUUUUCUCGGGGGACGAGCCUCUCCCGCACCUCGCGCGUUGGCUGCGCGACACCAUGUUGGGACCAGGCGCUGAGCAUUCGGCCGCGGUGCGCGAGAGCUGCGACCUGCAGGUUGCAACGCGGUUCUACUUCAGCUCCCUUCCGAGCGAGGAGGCGGACGCCCUGUACGAUCGACGUAACGCAGAGGCGAGCGGCAUCUUUCCAAGCCGCGAAGAGUGGGUUGCGAAACGACAGAAAGAAGGAUUUAUCGAACCUGAGCAGGUGACUGGCCAUAACGGCUAGGUCUUGAGCCAAUCGCAGCAAAUUAUUAUUUAACCAUCUUUUUCUUUCUCUUGGCACUCUCCCCACACGAGUAAUUAGCCAGCUGUGCGCUUCUGCGAAUACGCGCCGCCGCGCUCGGGGACGUUGCGGAGCCGACGCUGCAGCGUGUGCAUGACCACGGCAUUGCAGGGUGACGCAUCUUCGGGGGAUUUACCAGCCUGAAACAUAUCCC